AUGUCGCUGGAAAUUGCUGGGCCUUCUAAUUUCAAGGAACUGGAUAUAGUCGCAACGGAGAGACGAGUUCCCGAGAACAAACUCAUUGUACCUGGUGCUAAAGUUACUUCCAAUCCCGAUUUCAUGAGGGGACAUGGGACAUACACGCGCGAUGAUAACUUAAUAGCAUCAGUAGCUGGUACUGUUGAGCAAGUUAAUAAACUUGUUUCAGUACGACCCCUGAAAAGCAGAUAUAACGGAGAAAUCGGAGAUGUAGUGAUUGGGCGAAUUACGGAAGUACAACAGAAAAGAUGGAAAGUUGAAACGAAUUCCAGACUGAAUUCAACGUUACUUCUUUCCAGCGUAAACUUGCCAGGUGGUGAGCUGAGGAGAAAAUCGGUGGAAGAUGAACGGAUGAUGCGUGAAUACCUCAAAGAGGGUGACCUUAUAAGUGCUGAAGUACAAAAGGUGCACUCAGACGGACAGUUGUCAUUACACACGAGAAAUUUGAGAUAUGGAAAGCUUUCGCAAGGGACUUUGGUAAAAAUUUCUCCAUAUCUUGUCAAACGAAGAAAAUCACAUUUCCAUACGUUGCCAUAUGGUGUUUCUGUAAUUUUUGGACGUAACGGUUAUAUCUGGAUAGCACCUGUAGCAAGUGAAGAGCAGAACAUGACCGGAGGUUAUUCUCAGAAUUUGGAAGAGGUAAUACCAAUGAAAAUCCGAACAGUUAUUGCACGUGUGGCAAAUUGUGUAAAUAUUCUUGCCAUGCACCAUAUUCCACUCUAUGAUACAACAGUGGUGCUUGCUUAUGACGCAUCUCUCAAUUCUGAGAUAAAGGACCUGUUGAAGCUGGAACCAUCCACAAACAUAGCGACAGAAGUUGCGCUGCAGCUGGAAAAGAAUUGUUGA